AAAAAUGUGAUAAUAUUUUUUUUCUUGUCGUGCAAAUAAAAUUUGUUGUAAUUCAAGUUGUAGCGGUUUCUAAAUAAAUAUUUUUUAUUUAUUUAUUAAAAUUCAUAUGGCAAAAAAUAAUUUUUACUAAUAUGCACGUUAGUAGAUUUCUCAAUAAUGUGGAUUUAAAGAAAAUUAAGUGCAAAUAAGAUACAUAGAUAUCUACAUACAUACGUAUGGAUAUAUGUAUGUAUAUUUAGGAACAUAUUAUUGUAUCGUGUAUGCUUAUUUUAUGAAAACUGUGAUAUAACAAUUUUAAGUGUGUGUAAACGUGUGUACAUCAAAUCAAAAAAGUGCGUUUUCUUCACAAAACAAAAUUUUAAAGUCUUCAUUGUUUUUGGAAAUAAAUUAAAGUCAAAUAAGUUUUGUAAAUCUCGAAAUAAGGUUCAACUAAAUUUGCCUUAUAGAAACUUGUUACAUUGAUUUGUCAUAACUUAAAUGAUAAAACAUGGGAAAUGGAAUGAACAAGGUAUUGCCGGGCUUAUAUGUUGGCAACUAUCGAGAUUCAAAGGACACCCAACAAUUGGACAAAUUUCAAAUAACUCAUAUUGUGGCCAUACAUGAUAGUCCUAGAAGAUUACUGCCGGAUAAACACUAUUUAUGCGUAAUGGCGGCAGAUACGCCGGAUCAAAACCUUUCGCAAUAUUUUAGCGUUUGCAAUGAUUUUAUUCAUGCUGCGCGUUUGAGAGAAGGCAACGUCCUGAUACAUUGUUUGGCGGGUAUGUCUCGAUCCGUUACUGUUGCUGUGGCAUACAUAAUGACAGCUACCAAUUUGAAUUGGAAAGAUGCUUUGAAAGUAGUGCGUGCUGGUCGCGCUGUAGCCAAUCCGAAUGUUGGCUUCCAAACACAAUUACAGGAGUUUGAAAUGUAUCGUUUGAGUGAAGAACGCAGACGUUUGAGAGAAAGAUUUCCCUCGACCGCUUUAGAACAGCUAGACCGGGCGAAAUGUUUAUCAGCCUUAGAUAACUAUGAAGAGUUACUGCAAAACAAGGAUAUAUGCGAAGGAAAUUGUGUGCGAGGCGAAAAAUGUCCUACAGGUGUUUGCAAUAUGGACCCCACCAAAGGUCUCUUCCGCCGACGACCUUCAUCUGCCUCAACACGAUCACGCCUCCGACCUCAAAGUUCUACCGGAGGGGUAACCACCGCACAGUCGUGUCCGAAUUCACCGAAACACAACACCCAAGGUGGCGUGGGGUCACGUCGUUCAUUGGGUGGACAAAAAAUUCCAGAAGACGAAGAGGCCCACCUUUCACCCACCACUUCUACUGAAGCGGCCGAAUAUGCAGCCGCUAUUGAAGCAAGUCGCUUAGAGGCUCAGCAGCAACUAUUACAGCAACAGCAACAACAAAAACAACAACAACAACUUCAAAAAUCACCUACAAGAAAUUCUAUAAGAUCACCUCGUGUCAGCAGUGCUGGGAGUCGUUUGACUGGAAAUUCAAAAUCAGUUAAAACCAAUAAUAGUUCGGCGUCUACUACAACAGGUGGUAAAAACGGAUCCCCACAUCUUCAACGUAGUGCCAGUACGGUUAGUGGUUUGGCCGUUCGACCUCGCAGCAGUCCAGCCGGCUUACAUUCCUACACAGGUUCCGUGCCAUCCUCCGUCCAUGGAUCGCGUGUCGAUUUGCGAGAUGCUGACAAGGGAUCGGCCAUAUAUUUAGGUUGUUCGGCACCACGAAAUUCUUCGCUGUCACUAGCCUCCUCACGUGCUUCGUCGGGAUCAUCGGCACCACCCUCACCGGCAAGAACACCACCUGUUAGUCCUCGUCAGGGCGUUAGAAGAUCCACCAGUUUAAUAAAGAAACAGAGAUGAAACUUCAUGAUGAUUUUUUAUAAAAAUCAUAACCGACAAUUACGUUGUUUUCUUAAACAAUUCAAAUUUAAGUGAUUCUUACGCGAAAGCAAUGAUAAACGUUCUAAGCUUAAACAAUUAUUAGUAUAUACUGCAAAGGGAUCAUAUGGAAGAGACGCAUUUUUAAAGAAUUAAGACAAUUUUUUAAGAAGCAUUUUGUUUUAAAAGUACUCUUACUUACUGCUUAAAACAAAUAUUAAACAUUAAAGCUAAUCUAAAUCUCAAUUCCAAAUAUAAACUUAAAAUCUAUAUUAAAAACUAUAAGCAUUUAACGCUUAAUCUGAUAAAAUUAAAAAUAUAUAAAAAUAAUAAUAUAAAACUGAAUCUAUAUACAACAUAAGUUCAAAUAUGUAAUUAAAGGCAUAAACUUUAAAAGCAAUUAAACUAGAUUUCAUACGUUUUGUUAAGUAAGGCUUAAAUAUGAACUAAAUAUUUACAUAACAAAAAACUUUAAUUAUAAACUGAAGAAAAUCUAUCUAUAUUAACUGAAAAUAUAUUUAACAAUCUGGAGCUAUUGUCAAAAACAAAGACAUUUAUUUUUUCUACACUUUUCUGACUAUUAAGCUUACAUUCAUAUAUCAUAUUGACAUAAUUAAAAUGAAGCUAUCGAAAUAUAAGUAAAUUAAUUAAAUACCGGAUCAUUUCAUAAACUAUACUCAGAUAGGCAAUUACACACAAAUCUAUAUUUACAAAUUCAACGCUGGUACCUUUAAAAGUAAUACAUGAAAUAUAAGAUUACAGAUAAUAGUACAUGUUUGUUACCUGUUAAAAUUUAAGAAAAGCAAAUAAUUAUUUAAAAUGAUUAGCUCAACUCAGUAAUUUUUUAAAUUUACUUAUUUAAAUAAGAACAGAUUUAUUUAAGAAAGUUGUUAACUUAUUAAGGUUUGAGAAUUACAAUUUAGAAACAAAUCCGAAUGUAAAAUGUAUUACUACAGAAGUUGCACUAACUUCAUUUUAGAGGACCUGUAUGGCCUUAAGAUUUUUAUGAUAAUAAUCAUAACUGAAAGAAAUCUAAAACAAUUUUGAACUUUCAAUAUUAAUAUUAUUUAAUUAUAAUUAUUCUAUGAAAAACAACCACACAGGAAAACAUAAAAUAUUGUUAGAUCAAACUUGUUUAAAAUCUCCUCAUGUGUAGCAAAUGAUUCCUAUUCUCGUAGAGCUUUAAGGUACUACGAAUGAUAUCGCAUUUUACAUAAUGAUAAACACACAAACAUUCAUACAUAGAAAUGUACGUACAUAUUUAUGUACAGUUUGAAAUUGAUUAUAAUUGAUAUAAAUAUAGAGAAAUUUCUUUGAAAAUAUAUUAAAUUUUGUUUUAUAUAAAUUUAUAUUUUUAACUUGAUAAGUCAAGUUCAUUUAGAUAAACAUAAAAGUUGUUUGUUAGAAAUAUCUUAGAUUUUUUAUACAAAAAAGCAUAAAAUACCAUUGUUUUUAUACCAAAAAGUUGUUACAUGUUAUUGUUAAAUAAAUUAGCUUUAAACUUUAGAGAAAAGCCUUUUUGUUUUUUUUUUUUAAUAGCGAAAGCUUGUCUAUUAGCAUUAAAAAUAUAAUACGGAAAAAUAUUCAAAUCCACAUUUUUAACUUUUCGAAAAAUAACUAAAUUUAAAAUAUUUAGCUUAAUUUUCAUUAAAAAUGCCACAAUCAUUUAAAAUAUAAAAAAAAGAAAACAAAAUAUAAUUUUUUAACAACACCCAAAAUCAACUAUAUGCACCAAUAAAAUAAAAUGCUAUAUAAAAAGUAAAUAAAUUUAAAAUGACCUCGACAAAAAUACAAUGCAAACAGUUAAAUUUCCGUUUGAAUUAUUUUUAAUAAAAUGAUUCUUGUGCGACUUACUCAAUUAUUUUGAAGUCGAUAUUUUUUGAUCUACCAUUAAAUAUAUCGCAUUGUCUCUAAAUAUUUUUUAAAAAAUUCAGAAAUAUACAAAUUGUUAAUAACCUGUUAGGUCAUUUUAAGAGUUUAAAACACUGUGUAAUAUUACAAACAAAUUAAUUAAACUUAAUUGAAUAAAAAAAUUAAUGUUAUUAAAAUAAAAUAUUUAUGUUAAUGAUUUUUAUAAAAAAAUAAAGAAGUUAUUAUUAUUAUUAUUAUUUAUGUUUUAAUUAUUUUCUUAAAUAAAGGCAUACAAAUUUUGAGGUCUGA